UGGCAUACCAUCGAUGCCGAUGCUCCGGAGCUGAGCCACAUCCUGUGCUGGACCCCUACCGACCCACCGACAGGCCUCUCGUAUUUCUCCAGCAUGUACCCUCCUCAUCCUUUGACCGCUCAGUAUGGGGUGAAAGUGCUUCGAUCUUUCCCUCCAGAUGCUAUUCUGUUUUACAUUCCGCAGAUUGUGCAGGCCCUUCGAUACGACAAGAUGGGCUACGUCAGGGAGUACAUCCUCUGGGCAGCUUCCAAGUCCCAGCUGCUGGCUCACCAGUUCAUUUGGAAUAUGAAGACAAACAUCUACCUGGAUGAAGAGGGACACCAGAAAGACCCUGACAUUGGGGAACUGCUGGAACAGCUGGUGGAGGAAAUAACUGGUUCGCUGUCUGGUCCAGCGAAGGAGUUUUACCAACGGGAAUUUGAUUUCUUCAACAAAAUCACCAACGUUUCAGCCAUCAUCAAGCCUUAUCCUAAAGGCGAAGAGCGAAAAAAGGCCUGCUUGAGUGCUUUAUCUGAAGUGAAAGUACAACCUGGGUGCUAUUUGCCAAGCAACCCAGAAGCCAUUGUUUUGGAUAUUGACUACAAGUCGGGAACGCCUAUGCAAAGCGCUGCCAAAGCCCCUUACCUGGCCAGGUUCAAGGUGAAGAGGUGUGGAGUGAGCGAACUUGAAAGAGAAGGUCUGCGUUGUCGUUCAGACUCAAUAGACGAAUGCGGAGAAGACAGCAGGGAGAGUAAGAAGAUUUGCUGGCAGGCCGCCAUCUUUAAAGUGGGCGAUGACUGCAGGCAGGACAUGUUGGCCUUGCAGAUCAUCGAUCUCUUCAAGAACAUAUUUCAGCUGGUGGGCCUUGACCUCUAUGUCUUUCCGUACCGGGUGGUGGCGACCGCUCCUGGGUGUGGAGUCAUCGAAUGCAUUCCAGAUUGUACUUCCCGAGAUCAGCUGGGCAGGCAGACCGACUUUGGGAUGUACGAUUACUUCACCAGGCAGUACGGAGACGAAUCGACCCUGGCCUUCCAGAAGGCCCGCUACAACUUUAUCCGCAGCAUGGCUGCUUAUAGCCUUCUGCUGUUCCUGUUGCAAAUUAAAGACAGACACAACGGCAACAUCAUGCUGGACAAACACGGACAUAUCAUUCAUAUUGAUUUUGGAUUCAUGUUCGAAAGUUCUCCCGGUGGAAACCUGGGUUGGGAGCCGGACAUCAAGCUGACGGAUGAGAUGGUCAUGAUCAUGGGUGGCAAGAUGGAAGCCACGCCCUUCCGGUGGUUCAUGGAGAUGUGUGUCAGGGGCUACCUGGCGGUCAGGCCGUACAUGGACGCAGUUGUUUCUUUGGUUACGUUGAUGUUAGACACCGGAUUGCCCUGUUUUCGGGGACAGACCAUCAAACUCUUGAAGAACAGGUUCAGCCCCAACAUGACGGAGCGAGAAGCUGCAAACUUCAUCAUGAAGAUCAUUCAGAAUUGCUUCCUCAGCAACAGGAGCAAGACCUAUGAUAUGAUCCAGUACUACCAAAACGAUAUUCCGUACUAAAACGGGGGAGAAACACCGCCAUCUCCCAGCCUGAAAAUGUGAAUUUCUGAGACUGCUGUCUCCUGCCCUCGAAGCAGCCCUCUGUGUGUGUGUGUAUGCGUGCGCGCACGUUUGCAUGCCAACCUGGGUGUCCCUGUGGUAGCAGAUACGGCAACAAUCAACCAACCCCUUAGCUCCUGCCUUUUGUCUUCGCUGGGAUCCUUCUGGGUGUAUCCGUGAUCUAAAAAUUAGCCGCAGUCGUAGACUCCGAAGAUCCUGUCGCACUUCUGAAGAACGGGCAAAUUUGAAACCUUUUGACAGAUGUCAAGCAAAGAUAGGGCGCCCUUUUCUCCAGGCAAGAAUCUUUUAACGUGGAUGAUCUAGAGAAUCUGGGGUAAACCAGGCACUCUAGAAUUAUAGUACAGAGAGUGGUUGAAGAAAGUGGCCUAUGCUGUAGAAAUUGUAAGGAUAAUCAUUUUUGCACUUGUGGGUGUGAAUAGCUUAUAUUUUGCACUGUAAAUCUCCUUGCUCCGUGGUCAGUAUUUCUUAUUUUGAGGAAGAAUGUAUCCCACCCACCCCUCUUCGUGCGGUUUUAAAGAGAGAUGCUCUACUGAAGACAGAUUAUAUUUAAUCUUAAAAAAAACAAAAAAAACAGAAUAAAGGUCUUAGGAUAUUUUCUGCACCA